CUGCUCCUUCUCAGUUUCUGGGCAAGAGGCUUUCCAUCCAAAGCUUCAUGUGGGAGGCUUCAUGUUGGCAUCCAGAGUACAUGUCCCAAAUAUGUCCAGCCUCACUUCCUGAUCCUAGUGCCAAAGAGCUGCAGACAGAUGACAGCAGCUCUCCUCCUUCCAUACUGAGGAAAAGGCCACCUGUGGACCAAGCUGUGGGGGAGAAGCGGAGAGCAGAGCGAAGGGUUCGAUUUCGUGAGCCAGAAGAAGUCAUUGAACAUGUAAUUUCCUGCUGUGACUACGUAGUGGCAGAUGACAGGACAUCAUCUGGGUUGCCUGUGCUCCUGUGGCUCUUGCUUUGUGCAGUGCUGAUCCUUGCUGUGAGUCUCUACUACACCAGCAUGAAGCAGGAUGUCACAGUCCUGGAGGAAUUUCAAUCCCAACUUGUCAUCUUCUUUCUUCACCUAAGACACGUUGCUCAGAGGUGCUGGACUUGGUUUCUGAGGCAGUAG